AUGGCGGAUCAGACCGAGAGGGCGUUCCAGAGGCAGCUUGGUGCCCAGAGGGGGUACAACAAGUCGACCAAGAAGACCCCCGGGAAGGCAGGUGCUCGUUUCUACAAGAACAUCGGCCUGGGCUUCAAGACCCCCAAGGAGGCCAUCGAGGGCAACUACAUCGACCACAAGUGCCCCUUCACCGGCAACAUCUCCAUCCGCGGCCGCAUCCUGGUCGGCAAGGUCAAGUCCACCAAGAUGACGCGCACGCUGGUCCUGCGCCGCGACUACCUGCACUACAUCCGCAAGUACCAGCGGUACGAGAAGCGCCACACCAACAUCGCCGCGCACAUCUCCCCGGCGUUCCGCGCCAGCGAGGGCGACACCGUCAUCGUCGGCCAGUGCCGGCCGCUGUCCAAGACCGUGCGCUUCAACGUGCUGCGCGUCGUGCCCGCCGGGUCCAAUGGCAAGAAGGGCUUUGCCGCCUUCUGA